GCAGCAAAUACUGCUGCUUAGUGCUCCUUUUCUCCUUUCUUUUUGGUCACCCAAUAAAGGCAGGACAAGAUGAAGACGCAUCAGUUCUUUCUGCCAUUGUUAUUUCUCUCAGGUUUCCUGGAUGUAGAGAGCAUAAGCCCAAAUGAAAGAAAGCUAAGGAAAGCCAAACUCCCUAAAAUAAGAAAGGAGAACAGCGUACUCUUGCUGAAAAAGAACAACUUUGACAGAGCAUUGAAGGAAACGAAGUACCUGCUGGUGGAGUUCUAUGUUUCUUUAUCUCAAGCAUCUCAGAAUGUGUCGAAAGAAUUUGCUGAGGCUGCGCGACUGCUUAAGAAAGAAGCUCCAAGAAUCCAGUUUGGCAAAAUAGAUGUCACAGAUCAAUUUGAUUUGAGAAAAGAAUUUAAUAUUCAAGAGUUUCCUACCGUGAAAUUUUUUGUGGAUGGCAUCAGGGAGGCCCCUAUAGACUGCAAAGGUACUGUCCCUGCAGCAGGAUGCAUUUAA